CCUCGAACCACACUCACCAGAUCAUCCCUUGCCUCCAACACUCCCAAGUCCUGAAUUCACAUCUCAAUGGAGGCUGGAGGCCUGAUUUCCGAGGCUGCCUGGACCAUGUUUGACUUACCGCCGCAGGGCGAGGAGUCGGAUAUCAUGGCACAGUUGCUAGGCACCUUCCCCUCCCACGCCGAGGAAGGCCACCAGAAUCUUCCUUGGUACCAGCCUUCCCAGCAAUCCUACUAUGAGUGUAAUCCUAACCCAAGUGCAUGUAGUGACAGCAACACUAGUAGCCUUGGUGUCCCAUCAGAGUGUAUGAGCUACUAUUUGGGUGACUCCGGUGAGACCCUGGGCAUCAGCUCCUGCAUUGCAUCAGAUGGCCUCAACUUGGUCCAGGAGCAAGGUGCAACUGAGUAUCUGAAUAUGAUCCCAGACAUUUCCCAUGAUUUAUAUGGGAAUGGUGAGUCCAGCUGCGAGGAUCUCGAUUCAGUCGGUGGUACUAACAAGAGAAAGCACUCGACUAAAGAAGAAAUCAACGGCCAAGCAAAGGGUCGGAAGCAGUGCGCAAGAAAGGCUGAACCGAAGCGAGCAAAGAAGGCCAAGCAAACCGAAGCGAGCUGCUGCACCUCUGACAAUGACUCGAAUGUUUCUCAAGAGUCAGCAGAAGCUGGCGAUGUUAGUCCGAAAGGCAAGGCCCGGGCUGGCCGUGGAGCCGCAACUGAUCCCCAGAGCCUCUAUGCAAGGAAGAGGAGGGAGAGGAUCAAUGAGAGGCUGAAGACACUGCAGACCCUAGUGCCCAACGGAACUAAAGUAGAUAUGAGCACCAUGCUUGAGGAGGCAGUUCAGUAUGUGAAGUUUCUGCAGCUUCAGAUCAAGGUCCUGAGCUCCGAUGAAAUGUGGAUGUACGCACCGAUUGCGUACAACGGGAUGAACAUUGGACUUGAUCUGAACAUGUAGAGAUGAUUUUGGCAGUCUCGAGCGCAUUUCGUAUUUGAGAUUGAGGAGUUCGCCACUAACCAUGCAACGAAGUGAUUUUGGAAGCUGCCCAUCAUAGGUGCAAGAGUAGCAUACCGGAGCCUGUGAAGAUUCCUUUUUAGAGGAUUAGUAAAUAGUAAAGCUAAGAUAUUAUAAUACAUCUUUUUUUCUUGAUAUUAGCAUGAAAUGCUAGAUGUCAACAAGUUGUAAAUUCAUAUAUGUUCUCUUUAGAACAAAUAUAAUUUAC